AUGCCGUCCCCCGAGCGGGUACGGAGGUGUCCCCCGUGGGGCAUAAAUAACCCUACCGGCGGCGGUGCGAGGCACCACUGCCAGCGACAGGGACGAGCUCCCCCGAGGGGACACCCAGCACACAGGGAACGGCUCUGCCUCGCCCCACGGACACGGGGGACUGGCAGCCCCCGGCUCGCCCCCUGCCAGGGGGACACGGAGGAAGCCAAUCCCUGCCCCGUUAGUCAGCAGAGCCUCCCCGGACGCUGCGCGGGGGUCCCCGGCGCUUGGACCCCACCGGCCCGCUGCGCCCCCACCGCCGACGGAUCCCGGUCCCGAGCCUGCGUGCCAAGGGAGCCGGGCCGGUCCCUUCUCGGCCGCGCCGCCCACGGUGACACGUCCCCGGGCCGCGCGGCAACAGCCGGGCGGCAGCCCCCGCUGCUGACACCCCCUGCCGCCGGUACCCACCUGCCGCCGCGGCCCCCGCUACUGGCACCCCCCGCCGCCGGUACCCACCUGCCGCCGCGGCCCCCGCUACUGGCACCCCCCGCCGCCGGUACCCACCUGCCGCCGCCCGCCCUCCCGCCGGCUCCCUUUGUCCGCCCGCACCGCACCGCGCGGCCCCGCCCCGGAACUGACCUCACCCGCCCGGCAUGGCAGCCGCCGCCCCGGGCCGCCGCCGCCACCAGCCAGCGGGGGCGCAGCCAUCUUGGGAGCGGGCAUGACGCCAAGGGCGCGCCGCCAUCUUUGUGCGGGGCGCGCAGGGCAGCGAGGCAGGGGAGCCGUGAAGGCAGCAGCGCCAUCUUGGUGCAGGGCAACGUUUCAGGUCGCUGCAGCCCCCCAGCACCGUUCGCCGGCCCCAGCCCCGAUCGGGGCCAGCGCUGGGACAUGUCCCGGGACAGCCGAGCCUGGCAGCUCCGGACCCGAACCCCAGCAGCCAAAGGCUCGCUGCCCCCGCACCCUGCUGACGCACAGCGCGGCCCCAGCCCUCCCGUUGCUCGGUACGGCUCUCCCCGCCCGUGUUGCCGCUCGGCUGCUGCAGCCUCCCCGGCUCCUCCCAGGAAGCUGCGGCCGGAGCCUCCUGGAGGCGGGGGCGGGGAGCAUGGGCGCGGGCAUAGCCCCGGCGGUCGUGCCAGUCUCUCGCCGCGCCGGGGGGCCUGGCCCAGCUUGAUGUAA